CAGGUCAACGAAAUACACUGCUGAGGGGAACAGCAGGGAUAAUUUAUACCAUGAAGAAAGAACAGAUUUUUUUGGUUUCUGUAUGUCUGCUCCUUAGCUGUGCCUCUACCCCUAUUAAUGCAAUUCCUGAGGAAGGUGAAGAAAUUACAAAUGUCACAGAUUCGGAGUUGCCAUCACUGAAACUUACACAUUCAUUUUGUGCAAUGAAAGCAGAUGACGGCCCAUGCAAAGCAAUGAUGAAGAGAUAUUUUUUCAAUAUUCAAACUCAGCAGUGUGAAGAAUUUAUAUAUGGGGGGUGUGAAGGAAACCAGAAUCGAUUUGAAAGUGUGGAAGAGUGCAAGCAAACAUGUAUAAGAGAUUAUCCAAAGGUUAAAUGGACAAAGACAACAUUGAGAAAAGAAAAGCCAGAUUUCUGCUAUUUGGAAGAAGAUGCUGGGAUCUGCAGAGGUUAUAUUACUAGAUAUUUUUAUAACAAUCAAUCAAAGCAGUGUGAACGUUUCAAAUAUGGUGGGUGCCUUGGCAACCAAAAUAACUUUGAGUCACUGGAAGAAUGCAAGAACACCUGUGAGGAUACAUUGAAUGUUUUGCAGGUAGAUGAUUACAGAACCCAAGCUGAUCCUGUGCGUAAUGACUCAGUUAGUUCACAGCCUACCACGGUCCCCAGAUUAUUGGGAUUUGAUGGCCCCUCCUGGUGUCUGACGCCAGCAGACAGAGGACUGUGUCAAGCCAAUGAGAUCAGAUUCUACUACAAUUUAGACAUUGGGAAAUGUCGUCCAUUUAAGUACAGUGGAUGUGGAGGAAAUGAAAACAAUUUUAUUUCUAAGAAAGCCUGUCUCAAGACUUGUAAAAAAGGUUUCAUCCAAAAAAUGUCAAAAGGAGGAUUAAUUAAAACCAAAAGAAAAAGAAAGAAGGAGUCAGUAAAAGUACUAUAUGAAAAAAUUUCUGUUAAAAAUAUAUAA